AUGUCGGUUGAAGGUGUUGCAAAAAUGUUGAGAAUUUUUGCCCGGUGGUUUUAUAGUACUCUCAAACGUAUCUUUAGAAUUAGAGAUAAAACGUUCAAUAAUGAAUUAGAGGAUGGAGGAACCUUUGUGGUGAAUUGGAGAGCCCUUGGUGUCGAAACUUCCUUCCUCGGGCUCAUUUCUAAAACUAAUCCUAAUCCCAGUGCUUAUCCUAGUCUCACUCUUUAUCCCAAUCCUAAUCCCAGUCCCAGUCCCAAUCCUAUUCCUAAUCCUAAUCCUAAUCCUAAUUCCAAUCCUAAUCCUAACCCCAAUCCUAUUCCUAAUCCCAAUCCCAAUCCCAAUCCUAUUCCUUAUCCCAAUCCUAUUCCUUAUCCCAAUCCUAUUCCUAAUCCUAAUCCUAGUGCCAAUCCUAUUCCUAAUCCUAUUCCUAAUCCUAAUCCCAGUGCCAAUCCUAUUCCUAAUCCUAAUCCCAGUCCCAAUCCUAUUCCUAAUCCUAUUCCUAAUCCUAAUCCCAGUGCCAAUCCUAUUCCUAAUCCUAUUCCCAGUGCCAAUCCUAUUCCUAAUCCUAUUCCUAAUCCUAAUCCCAGUGCCAAUCCUAUUCCUAAUCCUAUUCCUAAUCCUAAACCCAGUGCCAAUCCUAUUCCUAAUCCUAAUCUUAAUCCCAAUCCUAUUCCUAAUCCUAAUCCCUUUUCCUUUCCUUUUUCUCGCCUGUUGCCAAGAUCCCAAAAUUGCAAUGACGGAGGCGGUGCAAUAUCCACAGAGUGCGUGAUUGAGCAGAUUAUCAUGCAACUUAAUCCCAUUAUUCUAAAGCGCGAAGAUCACCCCAUCAGCUCAUUAAGACCCAACACCUGGCCACUUAUCAAUGAAAAAUGCACACGGUUCAUUAAAAGAAUUUGCCAAAACCUUGAGAUUCAGAAGCAUCCUGUUGACACGGGGACGUCUUACCUGUCUGGAGAUAAGACACAUUUUCAUCAAAUUAUAGAUGACUUGAAGACAAGUUAA